CACAAUAGAAUAGUAAUUUAUAAGGAAUUUUUUGUUUCAGGUGUUGAACUACUCGAUGGUGUAGUAAUAUGCCAUAUAUAGGCAAACCUUUGCCUGAAAAAAUUAGUAUGGCUUUAGAUGAACAGCAAAAACUGUUGAAUUCUGUACUUGCUGUUAAAAGUCUCGACUUCAUGGAGGGGAAAAGAAGUAAGAUUUGGCAGUUUUUUAGCAAAGAAACAGAAAAUAAGGCGAAGUGUGAUAUAUGCCAAUGUUCGUAUUCGAUCAAAGGGGGUUCAACAACAAACUUAAAAAAACAUUUAAUGACAAAACAUCGACCGUCCUAUGAUAGCGUAUUCUCGUUAAAACCUUCAACAUGUAUAUCUAACCAGCCUAGUCAACAACCUGUUAAUUUACCAGAAUGUUCGCAAUUUCAAGCUUCUUCAAAUGAACCUAAAAGAAAGAAAGAAGCUCAGCAAACCGACAUCGCAUUAUUUACUAGAAAACCUCUAAGUAGAUUGCUGAAGCGUGAACGCUGCAUAUUCGCUGGUGCAUCCGUAAUGAAGACUUUUGUGACUGUAAUCAAGCGUGAAGAGGAAAUAAGCCACUGUGCAGUAUACAAAGAGCUGCUUGCGAAUGAUGUAUAA